UUUAUGGAUGAUACGACUGCUGCACUCGUUGCGCCGAUUGUCGUAUACUGGACGCUCUCUACCGUCUUUCAUCUCAUCGACCAGACAGAUCUGUUUGCGAAUCGGCGGAUCCACACACCGCUUGAGCUACGGUCGCGCAACAAAGUAUCGCUUCCAAAAGUCAUUCGCGACGUGAUCAUCCAGCAGCUCGUACAGACAGCAUUUGGUCUAUUUUUGCAGCGCUUUGACGCAGAGACGUUUGAAGACCCGCAAUUGACUCUCAACAGGAUACGUUAUUGGUCGCCAGUCGCGUUGACGGAUAAAGCGACCCGCGGCGUGGCGUACAUGCUUUUACCCGCGAUACGAUUCUUCGUUGCCAUCUUUAUCCUUGAUUCAUGGCAGUACUGGUUGCAUCGCUGGAUGCACACAAACAAGUGGCUCUACAAGCACUUCCACUCGCACCAUCACCGUCUUUACGUACCUUAUGCGUUUGGAGCACUGUACAAUCAUCCAGUGGAAGGUCUCGCCUUGGAUACGAUUGGUGCUGGUCUAGGAUAUCUCAUCACGGGUAUGUCGACCAAGGAAAGUAUCUUUUUCUAUGCAUUCAGCACUGCCAAGACUGUGGAUGACCAUUGCGGUUAUUUAUUGCCCUUUGACCCACUACAGACAUUUUUCAGCAACAAUGCACGGUAUCAUGAUAUACACCAUCAAUCCUAUGGUAUCAAAAAGAACUUCUCACAGCCUUACUUCACGUUCUGGGACAAGCUCUGUGAUACU